GAUUCAUACUGUUCCGGGAACACCGAAAGUGGAGCCCCACGUAACAAGAUGACCCGAAGUUGCUCGGCAGUGGGCUGCAGCACCCGAGACACCGUGCUGAGCCGGGAGCGAGGCCUAUCUUUUCACCACUUUAGCUCUGAUAUUACCUCCUCUGAAGCCUUCCUCAUCAUCCCCAGAACCAUCACCAGAGUUUUGAAGAAGUUGCAAGGACAAAGACAAGGGGCUCUGGUUGAAAAGCAUGAAUCAAAAUGACUCAAAGAUUUCCAACUGAUACCAUACAGCGUUCAAAAUGGAUCAGGGCUGUUAAUCGUGUGGACCCCAGAAGCAAAAAGAUUUGGAUCCCAGGACCAGGUGCUAUACUGUGUUCCAAACAUUUUCAAGAAAGUGACUUUGAGUCAUAUGGCAUAAGAAGAAAGCUGAAAAAAGGAGCUGUGCCUUCUGUUUCUCUAUACAAGGUUCUUCAAGGUGUACAUCUUAAAGGUAAAGCUAGACAGAAAAUCCUAAAACAGCCACUUCCUGAUAAUUCUCCAGAGUUUGCUACUGAGGACCAUAACUACAGUUUAAAGAGACCUUUGACUAUAGGUGCAGAGAAACUGGCUGAGGUGCAACAGAUGCUACAAGUGUCCAAAAAAAGACUUGUUUCUGUAAAAAACUACAGGAUGAUCAAGAAGAGAAAGGGCUUACGGUUAAUUGAUGCGCUUGUAGAAGAGAAACUACUUUCUGAAGAAACAGAGUGUCUGCUACGAGCACAGUUUUCAGAUUUUAAAUGGGAGCUGUAUAACUGGAGAGAAACAGCUGAGUACUCCACAGAAAUGAAACAGUUUGCAUGCACACUCUACUUGUGCAGUAGCAAAGUCUAUGAUUACGUAAGAAAGAUUCUUAAACUGCCUCAUUCUUCCAUCCUCAGGACAUGGUUAUCCAAAUGCAAACCCAGUCCAGGUUUCAACAGCAACAUUUUUUCUUUUCUUCAACAAAGAGUAGAGAAUGGAGACCAGCUCUAUCAAUACUGUUCAUUGAUAAUAAAAGGCAUCUCUCUCAAGGAGCAACUUCAGUGGGACCCCAGCAGUCACCAUUUGCAAGGAUUUAUGGACUUUGGUCUUGGCAAACUUGAUGCUGAUGAAAUGCCUCUCGCCUCAGAAACUAUUUUGUUAAUGGCAGUGGGUGUUUCUGGUCAUUGGCGAACGCCUCUGGGUUAUUUUUUUGUAAACAGGGCAUCUGGAUAUUUGCAAGCUCAACUGCUCCGUCUUACUAUUGGCAAACUAAGUGACAUAGGGAUCACUGUUCUGGCCGUUACGUCUGAUGCUACAGCUCAUAGUGUUCAGAUGGCAAAAGCAUUGGGGAUACAUAUUGACGGAGACAACAUGAAGUGUACAUUUCAGCAUCCUUCAUCUUCUAGUCAACAGAUUGCAUACUUCUUUGAUUCCUGCCACUUGCUCAGAUUAAUAAGAAAUGCAUUUCAGAAUUUUCAAAGCAUUCAGUUUAUUAAUGGCACAGCUCACUGGCAGCACCUUGUGGAAUUAGUAGCACUAGAGGAACAGGAAUUAGCAAAUAUGGAAAGAAUCCCAAGAAAACUUGCAAAUUUGAAGAACCACGUACUGAAAAUGAAUUUUGCUGCCCAGCUCUUCAGUGAGAGCGUGGCCAGCGCGUUAGAAUGUUUGCUAUCAUUAGGCUUGCCUCCUUUUCAAAACUGUAUUGGUACCAUCCACUUUUUACGCUUAAUCAACAAUCUGUUUGAUGUUUUUAAUAGUAGAAAUUGUUAUGGAAAGGGACUUAAAGGACCUCUAUUGCCUGAAACUUUCAGUAAAAUUAAUCGUGUGUUAAUUGAAGCCAAGACUAUUUUUGUUACAUUAUCUGACACUAGCAAUAAUCAAAUAAUUAAAGGUAAACGAAAACUAGGAUUCCUGGGAUUUUUGCUUAAUGCUGAGAGCUUAAAAUGGCUCUACCAAAAUUAUGUUUUCCCAAAGGUCUUGCCUUUUCCCUAUCUUCUGACUUACAAAUUCAGUCAAGAUCAUCUGGAAUUAUUCCUAAGGUUGCUUAGACAGGUAUUAGUAAACAGUUCUAACCCUACCUGCCUGGCAUUCCAGAAAGCUUACCAUAAUUUGGAGACCAGGUACAGAUUACAAGACGAAACUUUUCUUAGUGAAGUAAGCAUCCUUGACAUUUCAAUUGCUCGGAGGACAGACUUGGCCCUUCGAACAGUUCAGCGUCAGUAUGAUGUCAGCAUUAUAAAGACGCUUUUUCAUAAAGAGGAUUUUUGCCAAGACUGGUCUAAUUGUUCACUAAGUGAGGCAUUACUAGACCUGUCAGAUCAUAUGCGAAAUCUCAACUGCUGUGCUGGUUAUAUUGCAAAUAAGUUAUCAGCUCUCCUGACUUGUGAGGACUGCAUCAGUGCACUGUAUGCAUCGGAUCUCAGAGCCUCUAAAAUUGGGUCACUGUUAUGUGUUAAGAAGAAGAAUGGUUUACAUUUCCCUUCAGAAAGCCUAUGUCGAGUCAUAAAUAUCUGUGAGCGAGUUUUAAGAACCCAUUCAAGAAUGGCAGUUUAUGAACUACUUCCUAAACAGAGGGAAUUGUAUCUUCAACAGAAAAUACUGCGUGAGCUUUGUGGGCAUAUUUAUCUUUUCAUAGAUUUAGAUGAGCAUAUCUUUGAUGGAGAAGUGUAUGCCAUCAAUCACUUUGUAAAGUUACUAAAAGAUAUAAUAAUCUGUUUCUUAAAGAUUAGAGCUAAAGAUGUAGCUCAGUACCUUUUAAAACACCAUUCAGAAAGAACUGAAAUGAAAACUUCAUCAAGGGGCCCCAGGUCAUCUUUACAGGAUUUCAGAUGUUCAAGUUUUGCUAAUACCAGUAAGUUCAGGCAUUUGCUAAGUAAUGAUGGAUAUCCGUUCAAAUGAGGGGCCUAAAAUACAUUAAAAUUUUUAUUAAUGGUCAACAUUUAUUAUAAGGUUCAACUUACAAUAUUUUAUAAAUUGACCAUUUUGCACAGUGGACAAGCUUGCAGUUCCAACUUACUAGAAUUUCUAAUUAUGCAUAUUAUAAAAUCUCAUACUUUGGUAUGGUCUACAGCAUUUCAGAGUUACUUAAAAUGUAGAAAGCAGUAAGUCAGGAGCAGACUAGCUAACAGAUGCUGCCUUUGAAUUUACUACUGUAAGACUGAGUAAUGUGACUGGACAUACUUUUAACUUGUUCUGUGUACUUUAAAAACGAGAGUAACGACAACUAAGAGUCACCAAAACAUUGACUCCUUUUAUUGAUAGACUACAUUCUCUAAAAAGCUUUGGGUUAUAGCUCUUAGGAAUGUCAACAAAUACCUAUGAAAGCUUGAAUGUAAUUUUUACUUCCAUGUGACAACUAAGGUGUGGUUUGAAAAUUAGGCUAAAUUCAAAUAAAUAAAAAAACCCUUUUUUGCCAGGGUACCCUAAAAUAGAAGUACUGAGGUUUUAUCAAGCAGAAGGUAAACACAUGAGCCGUGAGAUGGUUCUUUGUGCUGCAGCCAAGUUGGGUCUAUAGCACAAACCUGGUCAGUAGUAUGGGAAGUGUGUAGGUGAUGUAAUCUCCACAAUCCUUUAUCCUUGGACUGCAUAAUACUCCUUUUGGAUAAUAGAGUGGAUACUUCCUUGACGCCUGUGGAAGAGCCCACUGCUCAUCAGAGCAUAAGGAGAAGCCUUUAUUUCAACUUUUGCUCCUUCUGAAGUCUACUUGUAUUUGCAAGGAGGCUAAAUUAAUGAAACAUUUCCAGUGUGGCAUGAAUAAUGGAAUUUCAUGGCAUGUGAUUAUUAAGUUGGAGAAAGAUGGUCUAAUUGAGACCUGGUAUAAAAAUACUUGUCUUAAUUAUAUAAUCAGGUUUUUCAGAAAUUGAGAAGCUUAAUCUGAACAUGGAAAGCAAGGUAAAUUUUCUCCAUUCUUUCACACCCAGAUUUGAAAAGAUAAAUAGAAAAACAUACAGGUGUAUGUACUUUCACAAAUGGAGAGUAUUUUAAUGGACAAAAGAAAUAAGCACAUUAUUCACGUGUGUAUGUAAAACAUCUACUCUCUUUGUCAUGGAGAAAAUGUUCACAAAGUACAGCUAAUCUUAAUAUGAAAAUUUCAAUUGCAAAAGAUUAACAACUAGGUAAAAGUUAAGUUUAAUUAAUUGAAAUAGUAUAUUUUGAUAUGUUUGUUCUACCUCAAAGAUUCAAGUUUUGAAAUAUGACCAGAAUUGUGCUAUUUUAUACAAGAGCUAUUGCUGAAAAGUCUGAAUAUUCUGGGUUUUUUUUGCAAUAGAAUGAGUUUAGACACACCAGGAUAAAUCUUAUUUAAAAGAAGCCUGUUUGUAAAUUAUCACCUUUAACUUAUUGCUUAUAUAAAUCCAAGUUUUGUCCUGAUCUUAGAGCUAGGUUUAUACCUAUAGCAUCUUAUAUUCUUUGCUGUGACAUUUGACUAAUUUAUUCUAAUAUAUUCCAUAUUUUAAGAAA